AUGGCUUCAAAUACCCGGAUAUUGGUGUCCAAUCAGACAGUGACUGCACCGGCGAUGGACUACUGGUUUGGCAUUGGGUUGGGAGUGAAGACAAUCGCAGACUUGAAGGCACUUCUGGCGGCAAAUGAAGGCCUUUCGCCACAAGAAGUGCAUCUCUUCCUCAAGAAUGGCUUUCUCAGGGAUGAGACAAAUGUGAGUAUUCUUCGCGAGGAAGACGUGGUUUCCAUUAAACGAAACACUCGUUUGAACACCAAUUGCGGCCAUCAAUUGGUCAUCACUUCGAUGAGUGUUGCUGUCAAUACUGUUGAGUCGUUCCCACCGGACGUCAUAAUCACUCCAAUCCAGGAGCUGCAGGAACUGUCCAUCACUUGCAAUCCCGUGUCCAAUGGUGUGGACACGUCUCGCAAGACACCGAAGAGGAGCCGAAGAACUCUGGUUGUGGCCAAAAGCAAGCGAUUCCGGUGUGAGGAACAGGAUUGCGGCAAAACCUAUACCCAUAAGAAUCAUCUGCAGAGACACUGGUCUGAGAAACACAGCAAUCAGUCACUGCCUUAAGUCACAGCCAAAUAUCAC